AUAACGUUUCACGUGCUUAUGACUGUAAAUACUGUUUAAUAAACACUUUAUUGUAUUUAAUUUGCGAAAUAUUUAUGUAUUGACUGUUGUUCAUUAACCUUUUAACAGUUCUAAAUAUUAUAUCUACCAAGUCAUUUUUGCAUAUUUUAUUGAACAAAUCUUCAAGAUGCCGCAAGGAAAAUUUAAAAAUAAAUCGCAGGUUUCUUUUGUGAAGAAGAAAAAGCCAGAAAAGAAAAGCAGGAAAGCUUGUCCAAUGCCAUCUACAAAACACAAGUAUGAUGAAGGUCAACGAAUUAAACGUAUGGUUAGUAAAAAUGUAAACAAGUUGGCUGAAGACGAACUUAGAGCAUUAGCGACCGAUAGUAAAAAGGUAUUUUUGUCAAAGAAAAAGAAACAAGUUGGUCAAACUGUUCAAGCUGCUCCUAGUAAGCCUAAAGAAAUUAAAAUUACACAAAAAUAAGUUUAAAUCAUUUUUGUUUUGGUAUUGUUAAGAUAAGUUAUUAUUGAAAUUUAUAUUAUUAAAAAAAUGAUGUGUAUUCAGAA